AUGUCCUCUGAGCCCCAGGGCCUGUCUUUCCCAUCUGUAAGCAGCAGCAGCAGCUCACCGAUUCCUUCUCCAGGCGAACUACAAUCUUUUGACCAUCUUGGGUCGCCCUGCUUUCAGAUGCCAGAAUCACAGUGUCACCAGAGCAAUGUUGGAGAAGGGUUUGCACCGUACUCCCAAAGAGAAAGCGUUCCUUACAGGCAGAAGAGUGCUGAGCGCUUUCGUAGACACAGUGUAGAUGGAAGCCCUGUUGGACAAGAAUCUGGCCUAAUGGAGAAUAGUCACUACCAUCCAUACAGGCGUCAAUGCAGUGAAGGGGCCAUCAGUGAGGUUCAGACCUUCAGUUGUCUCAGAAGAGCUGGACUGGUUGGGAAACUCACCACAACUGAUGGAAUAGAGGAACAAUCCUCUUGGACUCCGUUAAGCACUGAUGUGGAAACCACCAGUAUCAUGGGAACUCAACACCACUACAGUGAGCCUCAGACGAGCACUGAAGAACCUCCCGGCUACACAUCAGUGAACCAUCAGCCGUACAGUCCCAUCAGUCCUCUGCAACAUCAGUUUUACUCUUCAAGAGGAAGAGACACUAUUUCUCACUACUAUAACCAAAGCCUCUCAUCACAAACAUCUCAAGACAAUUCUGUCCAGACACUCUACCCUAAACCUGUCUACUCUUACAGUAUUCUCAUUUUCCUGGCUCUGAGGAAUAGCAAAACAGGUAGUCUACCAGUAAGUGAGAUCUACAGCUUCAUGACGGAGCAUUUCCCCUACUUUAAGACAGCACCUGAUGGCUGGAAGAAUUCUGUCCGACACAACCUCUCUUUGAACAAAUGCUUUGAGAAAGUGGAGAACAAGAAUGGGAACUCCUCCCGAAAGGGCUGCCUGUGGGCCCUGAACCCGGCGAAGAUAGAGAAGAUGCAGGAGGAACUUCACAAGUGGAGACGUAAAGAUCCCCUGACUGUCCGGAGGAGCAUGGCCCGACCAGAGGAGCUGGAACGCCUUCUUGGGGAGAGACCUGAAAAAUUGAAGUCUCUUGGAGCUCACUUCAGUCUACCAAGCAGCCAUACAUAUUCUCAACCUUUAAGAGUUGCCAUGCAUCCUGCGUACGGACACCAGCCUGUCCAUGACACUAGUGUCCCUCAUCAGCAAUCCCUCUACAACCCUUUACCCUCCCAAACUGUCAUCCCACCUCCCCCCUACUUAUCCCCAGACCCUUUAUCUUUCUCAUACUACCCUCCUGUCACCCAUCAGCCCAGUGCCGGGCAUCCCUCCAGUCCCAGGACAGGCUGCUUGGAUUCCCCCUUACCAGCACACACCCCACCGAGCUACAGCACCGCCCUGCAGGCUAGUCACAGCGCUACAGCAAGCAUGCAGGAGCUUCUGCUGGAUGGAGAAAUCAGUAAUGAUGUCGAUGCAUUAAAUCCCAGCCUCACAGAUCUACAACUACAUGGGAAUCUUUGGGAGGAGCUUAGGAAUGACAGCCUCGCUCCGGAUUCACUGGUAAUCAUGGACAGUCCCAGUCAAACACGGGAUAGCGCGGGGGUCUGUGGGGGUUUAGCAGAGACUGACGGUCGGGUGCAAGGCAGCAUUUCUGAGCUUUAUCUCAGCGGGCUCUACACAACUCCUAUUCCUCUGCUAUGAGAAAGUAACCUGUGUGUUGCAUCCCAAGUCAUCUUUGUUAUCCAAAAUAGAAAAAAGUUUAUAUUUUUGAAUGUCUAAAAAUUAUGAUUUUUAUGCUAAAUGGUGUGUGCUGAAUGUUUUUAUUGCUUAAAUGCCGUAUGCUGUCCAAUCCCACUAAACCAGUUUUUCUACACUGAAAAAAAUUGGUGUAGAAAUACUUUUUACUCCGAAAUUGCUAGGACAUCUCACAAUUAGUUAGCCACAAAGCAGGUAACAAUAUAGUAGAAAAAAACUAAGUAGUAUUUUCUUAUAAAACAUACUCCAGUAAUCUUUAUUUUUUUUACAACUUGGGAAAAUAAUUUUUUACCGUGUACCAACCUUUUUGACUCCAAGACCCCCAUUAUCUAGAAGAAUAUUCAAAGAUGCCAUGGCUUUUCCUAAUUUACUGGAUAAUGAUUAAGGAUAAGUAUUUUUUUACUCACAAUUUCUACCUGAUAAAAUAUUCUAGAGCUUGCCAUAACUAGAAAAAUGAAUAUUCAUAAUGAAUGCCCACGAAGUUAUAAGAUUUCAUUAAU